CUCAACAAGAACACUCAUACACUAUUAUUUAUAACUCUCACACUCCAAAGGCAGAAUCUUUACACCUCUUACGCUCUCUCACUCCAUAUUCUAAACCCUCCCCUGGAAAACGACCGCCUAAAACCCAACCCAAGAAACCCCCGGCCCAAAACCGCCCUUCUCUGCCGCCGUGGACCACCACAUUCAAGAAUUCGAGGGGGAGAAUAAAAAGAAGAAACUCUCUAUCUUUUCUUUGUUUCCUUGCCCUUGCUACACUUGUACUUGUGUUGAGGAAAACCCGGAAAUUUAUUGCGUUUGCCAUGUAAAGUACCUGGCUUUAAUGAUCAUCUUGGCAGAGGGUAGUGGACAGAGAUAAAGAAAGCAAGAAAGAAAGAAAGAAAACGUGGGUGUCAUCGGAGGGACACAACGGCGUCGUUUUAGCUUCGGAGGGAUGGGGAUCCCGCUAAAGUGUCUCCGAUCCAUCCUUCUGCUCUUCAUCCUCCUCAACCAUCAGGCUCAACAAACAGCAAGAGCGUUCACGGGAACUUAUGGGAUUAAUUAUGGAAGACUAGCGGAUAACAUCCCUUCACCAGAUAAAGUUGUUAAACUCCUUAGAGCAGCAAAGAUUAAGAAUGUUAGAAUUUAUGAUUCAGAUCACAGUGUCAUCAAGGCCUUUACGGGGACUGGACUUGAGUUGGUGGUUGGGCUUACUAAUGGCGAAGUGAAGGAUGUGAGUGCUAAUGCAGAUCACGCGCUGAAUUGGGUGAAAGAUAACGUGAAUGCUUUCCUGCCCGAUACAAACAUUGUUGGGAUUGCUGUUGGCAAUGAAAUUUUGGCCGGGAGUGAUUACGAACUAUCAACUUCUUUGUUGAACGCUGUAAAGAAUAUACACAACGCCACGAAGAAGCUAGGGAUAAGCGAUAAUAUUCAGAUAACAACUGCACACUCGCAGGGCGUUUUCAAUAAUUCAUACCCACCCUCGUCGUGUAUUUUUAGAGAGGAUGUUUCCCAGCUCAUGAAGCCACUUUUGGAGUUCUUCUCCGAGAUAGGAUCACCGUUCUGUUUAAAUGCCUACCCAUUCUUGGCCUACACAUACAACCCAGACAAGAUUCAUAUUAACUAUGCUCUCUUUAAGUCCAAUGAUGGGAUUUAUGAUAAUGCAACUCAUCUUCAUUAUGAUAAUUUGCUCGAUGCACAGAUCGAUGCGACCUAUGCAGCACUGGAGGAUGCUGGGUUUAAAAAGAUGGAAGUUAUAAUAACAGAGACAGGCUGGGCGUCUCGUGGGGACCAGAAUGAACCUGCUGCCACAGCUGACAAUGCUAGGACAUUCAAUUAUAAUUUGCGGAAAAGACUUGCAAAGAGGAAAGGAACUCCAAUGAGGCCAAAACAUGUUUUGAAGGCAUACAUUUUUGCACUGUUUAACGAGGAUUCGAAGCCAGGCCCAACAUCUGAGAGGAACUAUGGGUUGUUCAAAGCUGAUGGGAGCAUCUCUUAUGAUAUUGGUUUUCAUGGAUUGGAAGAUUCAUCUGCAGUGUCUUCGCUUUUGUCUUUGAAGGGAUUCAGAGCUCGAGGGUUGUGUUUCUCGCUGUUAGCAACCUCGGCUUCACUGCUGCUGCUAUGGUUAUGACAACAAUUUUGGUGUCCUCAUUCUAGUUUAAGGUUACCCAGUUAACAAUGAAAUGAAAUUCUAUAGUGGAAUUGUGAGAGGUGAUGAUAUGAGAGAUCCAGGCAGAAUAGAUGGUAGUGAUAUACAUGAAUGCAGGUUUUUACUUAUAGAGGUGACUGAUUGUCUUUACUCAUGCAUUCAGCUAUGUACAUCUGUCAAUAUGAAAUAAUCUCUUUUUUUUCUCCUA